AAAUACCUUUAGCACUAGUCAGAUACCACAACGAACCGAGCAAACUGUUUUGUCCUCACGUUGAGUGGUUUAUCUUUUCCGAAUUUGACUACCGCUAGGUUUUAACUUGUCGCUCGUGUUGUAGUCGUCUGUUUCUACAUUACAAAGGGAUUCAGAAGAUGAACUGAAACUAACUCUCUCGCUCUCACACACACCCACACACACAAAGCGCGCGCACCCAAGAGUGAAUCGCGCUCGUGCGCUCGCUAACAGGUGUUUCUCUCACAUGGCUCUGUUCUGUGUGCUGCUGUGACUGACUGCUUUGUGGGAUGCUGCGAAGCGUGUUCUCGGUGUCUGGAGGAACAUCUUCUCCGUUAUUACUCGAAAUAGCCAGAUAGUGACAUUAUCUGGAGACAGAUGCGGUAAGACUGCAGCUAAUUGAAUGUAGAGCUGUUUGAGGACUUUAUCUCUGAAGAAAAUGAGCGUUGGAGAGAUGCGCGUACCGUCACCUACAUAACUGCGUUUUGUGUUAAAGCUGUAUUAGUUUACAACUCCUUUCUGCCAAUCUGUCAUUCGCAUUAACGAACGAUGGCGGUGACCGGUGUAUGAAGACUUGGAUGUGAGCUGUUCAGUGAAGAUUUCCCAAAAGAGAUCGUGUCGCGGAGGAGGUGGGGAAACGGAUUGUGUCCUCUGAAAGUUUUGGGUGUCGCACCGUCAAACUGGCCAUGGCUGCGGCGAUCGCCAGCUCCCUUAUUCGGCAGAAGAGGCAGGCGAGGGAGCGUGAGAAAUCAAACGCCUGCCGCUGCGUGAGCAGUCCGAACAAAACCAAAGGAACAUGCGAGAAACCCAGUCGACUCAGUGUCUUCUCCAGAGUCAAGCUUUUCGGCUCCAAAAAGCGCAGGAGGAGACGACCAGAGCCCCAGCUGAAGGGGAUCGUAACGAAGCUGUACAGUCGACAGGGCUUUCAUUUGCAGCUCCAAGCAGAUGGAACCAUUGAUGGCACUAAAGAGGAGGACAGUGGUUUCACCAUGUUCAACCUCAUUCCGGUGGGCUUGCGAGUGGUGGCCAUCCAAGGAGUUCAGACCAAACUCUAUCUGGCCAUGAACAGCGAGGGCUACCUGUAUACAUCAGAACACUUCACACCAGAGUGCAAGUUUAAGGAGUCAGUGUUUGAAAACUACUACGUGACAUACUCCUCCAUGAUCUAUAGACAGCAGCAGUCGGGCAGGGGCUGGUACCUAGGCCUGAACAAGGAAGGAGAGAUCAUGAAGGGCAACCAUGUGAAAAAGAACAAGCCCGCUGCACACUUCCUCCCCAAGCCUUUGAAAGUGGCCAUGUACAGGGAACCCUCUCUGCACGACCUGACCGAGUUCUCACGUUCUGGUAGCGGUACACCCACCAAGAGCCGGAGUGCCUCCGCUGUGCUGAACGGGGGCAAAGCUGUGAGUCAGAACGAGUCAACGUAGCCCGGUUUACCUGGCCCGGCCCGCUACCUUACGCCUUCACCAAAACCUCUGAAUGCUUGUGACUUCACACAGACUUCUCUCCAAAAAGCUCUCAGCGGUUCAGGACAACAUGAUACAUAACAUAACCACUUGCAAACUAGAGUAACAUUUGAUUGGACUCCUUUAUAAUUAGCUCGUUUUUUGGUUCUGUUUAGCUUGUUUGUUUUUUUCUCGAUCACCACUAUAAUAGCCUUUUUCAUGUGAAACACAGAAAUUGUAGCCUUUCUUACAAUGGGACGUUGCGUUGCAGUUGAACGUCAGUCAUCAAGGUUCAUUUCCUAGCAUCGCAGGUCCUGAUCAAGUAAUGCAUUUUUUAAGAGUUCAGGGCAGUCAGUGAGGGUUUUAGCUGCACGGGUGCGGAGGAAGGAAGGCACCCCUGUCCUCCAUGCUUCCUGAAAGUGACGCGAUAGAGAAGCGCCUGUCCCGGUGCGUGGGGGGCUCCUGCGUUCUUGUGCACUCGCUCCGAGAGUUUUGCUCUCUAGCAUGGGAAUAUAAAGCCUGCGUUCUGCUCACAUGAAGAGCCAAGCUGAGCCUCUCCGAAGCGAGAGGCCACAGCUUGCUAAUUGUUUGAAUUAGCUGUGAGCUUUUCUUACUUUCUCUUCCUCUUGUUCUUCCCCAAAUCAGUGUUUUUCGAGGUUUAACCGCGACUGGAGAUCCAGUGCACCAAAGACAGAACUGUGAGAGUUUCCCCUCGAGCCGUCAGACCACAUAUUUACGCAUGACAGGAAGCUUUUUCUGAUUAGUGAGAGGUUUCAGUAUUCGAGGAGAUGGGUGUGUGGUUCACGAGGGCUGUUCGAGGUCACCCCUUUCGUCUCUUUUGUGUCCCGUUGUCCGUUUUCUGAGUUCCUUUAGUCUGUGUGCUUGUGUUUUUGCCUUUCCCGCACAUGUCGACUCUCCUUUGGUCAAUGCUGGUCACUGUUGCCGGUGAUUUCCCAGACAUGUCGGGACUCCCACCUGGACUGCGUUUUGUGUGUAAGUAAUUUAUGGUGGUGACAAUUUUCUAUUUAAAUGAGCAAACAAAAGAUGAUACUGUGGAACUUAAGUUGGUUGAAUUUUUUAGGGUAUGUCUAAUUUGUAAAAGUGAAAAAAUGUGAAAAAAAAAUAAAAAAUCUUGUACAGGGCAUGUACAAAUCAGGUUGUGUACAAUAAGGACCCUUUUGUGGCCUGCAGUACAGUAUAUAUCCUUCCCCUCGGGCAACAUAACGUCAUACAUGCUACAUGGGGGUUCUUCUCUCUUCUGUUUCUUUCUGGGUUUCUUUCUUCUUUUAGAUGAACAUACAGUAUCUGUUGCAUGGGAGACUGCAGGGAGGUGAGGAAUAGAGCUGCAUGAUGUAGGCUAUGUGUAUUAACUCCUCCCUGCAUCAUAUGUUCCAAACUACCAGGAUAAAACUGACAAACAACAUGUAUGUACUGACUGGCACUCUGCCACGUACCUUCAAGUUGUUUCUUAUUUGUUGUGUACAUACAAUGCACUGAAUAAAAUGUU